AUGGACGGCCUCCUCCUCGAUACCGAAGACAUCUACACGGAGUGUGUCAACAUCAUCCUCGAAAAGUAUGGCAAGGGUACCCUCCCCUGGUCCAUCAAGGCCAGGCUCCAGGGUCGUCCCGGUCCCCAAGCCAACAAGAUCUUCCACGAUUGGGCUCAGCUUCCCAUCACUUCCGAAGAGUACAUCAUCGAGAACACCGCACUUCAGAAGGAGUUGUUCCCCCGCACCAAGCCUCUCCCCGGCAUUGUCGACUUGCUUGGUCACCUCGGCCGUACCAGAUACUGGGAGGUCAAGGAGGGCGCCAGUACUCAAGCCAAGGAGAACGUCGAGCCUCAGCGUGUUCACAUUGCCCUUGCUACCAGCUCCCACCUCGGCAAUUUCCGCGUCAAGACGAACCAUCUCGAAGAGCUCUUUGCUGUCUUUCCUUCGCAUCGUCGUGUUCUCGGUGACGAUGCCCGCCUGACUCCUGGCCGUGGCAAGCCCUUGCCCGACAUCUUUCUACUUGCACUGAAGACCAUCAACGACAGUCUUCCUGCAGGUGAACGACCCAUCACCCCAGAGGAAUGCCUUGUUUUCGAAGACUCAGUACCUGGUGUUGAGGCCGGCCGUCGUGCUGGAAUGCGCGUGAUCUGGUGCCCUCACCCCAUGCUCAAGAAGGAAUAUGACGGACGCGAAGACGACGUUCUUGCUGGUAGCACCGGUGAGGCUGGAGAAGUCGACCUCCACCAAGUUGGCAAGCCUGACGAUGGCUGGGCUGAGUACAUGCUCAGCCUUGAGGACUUCCCUUACGAAAAAUUCGGCAUCGUCGUCCCCUCCGUCGAGGUCGAGAAGGAGGCUUGCAUGAAGGAGGCUCCUGAGGAAGUCGUGGCUGAAGUCUAG